AUGUUAUAUGAACAGUCAAUUGUAGACUUGAAGAAACUGCAGAAACUGGAUCAGUUUUUGACCUUCUUGGAACAUCGGUUCCUUACAUUGGAGGCUACCGGUAGUGAUAAGAUAAAUCACACCAAAAAAGGCACAUGCGCUCAGAUUGAUCAGCCAGGACAGUCAAUUGAUAUUAAUCGUUGGAAACUUCCAAAACAUAUUGAAUUGGCUGAUCCCAAUUUUGAUAAAACAGGAAGGAUUGAUCUACUCUUGGGAGCAGAACACUAUUACGAUAUAAUGCAGGACAAGCAUUUAUCGUUGGCUCUAACCGAGGAAGAUAAGGUAGACGAACAAAUCACGAAAUUUUGGGAACUGGAUUCAUUCUCAACUGAUGCGCCAUGCCUAUCUCCACUGGAGAAACAAUGUGAAAGACACUUUCUCCAGCACAUUCAGACUGCAAUUGAUAAGAAAUCAAUUGUUAGGCUCCCAUUCAUGGAUAAUGCUUCAGCCCUGGGGGAGAGUCGUGAUCUUGCAACACGACGAUUCCUUUCCUUGGAAAAACGGCUAUUGCGAGAUCCACAAACUAAGGCAAGUUAUGUGGAGUUUAUGAAAGAAUACGAAGCUCUUGGGCAUAUGAAGGAGAUGCACACAAGUGAAAUUAAAAAAGCACGGUACUUCAUACCACAUCACUGUGUGCUCAAACCUGAAAGUACAACAACCAAAUUAAGAGUGGUUUUCGAUGCAUCUGCAGUUACGUCAUCAGGAAAAUCGCUCAACGACUUACUGCACAAAGGUCCUACGGUGCAAAACUCUAUAUUUUCAAUUUUGCUGCGAUUUAGGACUUACAAAUAUGUUUUCACGGCGGACAUAGAGAAAAUGUACCGUCAAAUCUGGAUAAAUCCCGAAGACCAAUAUUUCCAAACAAUUGUUUGGCGCAAUAAUCCAUCUGAGGAUUUGCGAUACUACAGAUUAAAAACGGUUACCUAUGGAACAAAAGCUGCACCGUAUUUAGCCACAAAAUGCUUGCAGCACAUAGCACAAAAAGGCAGAAAGGAAUACCCUAAUGGUGCUGCCGCAUUGGAAAACGACUUCUAUGUAGACGAUUGCUUAACCGGAGCCGAAACUAUACCAGAAGCUCUACAGAGGCAACAACAGCUUAACAAACUUCUGCAAAAUUCUGGAUUCAAGUUAAGAAAAUGGUGUACCAACAAUUUCCAAGUUCUACAAGGAGUUCCGAGGGAAGACAUCACUUCAAAUGUACAACUGGAGGAGACUUCAUAUGAGGACUACACGAUUAAGACCCUCGGAAUCACCUGGACACCAACGACAGAUCACCUUUGUGGGAAAACGGAGAUAGCAACAAAGGCCAACAUAUCAAGACGAGAUUUUGUGUCUGAAAUCUUUAGGAUAUUUGAUCCUCUUGGUUUAUUUUCCCCAGUUGUAAUGAAAGCAAAAAUUUUCAUGCAACACCUCACAAAGGAGGGUUAUGAAUAUAAAGACGAUCUGCCGGCUCAUCUUCAGGAGGAAUGGAAACGCUACAGGGAGGAGCUAAAGGUUCUGAACACCAUAAAGGUACCACGUCACGUCUACUUAGGAAAAACACCUGUGACGGCAGAAAUCCACACAUUUGUUGAUGCCUCGGAGAAGGCAUAUGGAGCUGCUGUAUACAUCCGAGCAACAUAUAAGGACAAGCGAAGAACGAUCCAGUUAUUGUGUGCAAAAUCUCACUUAGCACCAAUAAAUACAAUAACGUUACCACGUCUGGAACUUAAGGCUGCUGUAUUAGGAGCACAGUUGACUUCUAAAGUAAAGAAAGACUUGGCCAUGAAAAAUGCAUCCACAUUUUAUUGGUCUGAUUCACGGAUUGUACUGUCAUGGAUUAAUUGCUCAACAUCCAUUCGAGACAAAUUCGUUGCCACCAGAGUUGCAACAAUACAUGAGCUAUCCUUACCCAAACAGUGGAGACAUGUUGCAUCAGAACACAAUGCCGCAGAUGUCCUCUCCAGAGGAAUGACAGCUUCAAAAUUCGCGGAACAUGCCAUGUGGUUCUACGGCCCUAUGUUCCUACAUGGUUCAUCAUCCACAUGGCCCGCUCCGUUUAUUGCUACCAACGAGGAACUAAUAAUUAUGAAUCCGCCAAAGGUUAGUCAAUCAUCCGUGAUGACUAUCAUAAAAGAGGAGGACAUAAUAUACACAAUACAACAUAAUAAUUCAUUUAACAAGCUACUCAGAAUAAUAGCUUACAUAAUGCGCUUUCGACGUAAGAAGAAGUACACAAGCCACACCAUUGAGUUUGAAGAAAUAAUGGCAGCCCGAAAAAUUGUCUUCCGCAAUAUUCAAAAAAUCGACUUCAAAGAUGACAUCAAACAUCUCAAGCGGCAAAGGGAGACACUAAAAGGCAGUUCAAUCAACUCACUAUCACCAUUCUUAGAUCAGAAUGGAAUUUUGCGUGUAGGAGGUCGACUGGAGGCGGCAAAUAUAUCAUUCGACUCCAAACAUCCGAUACUUUUGCCAUACAACGACUCUGUUGGGAAGAUGAUUCUUGUGCAAAUACACAAGGACAACAUGCAUUGCGGACCUCAAGCUUUAUUGACUGCAUCAAGGCAGCAAUUCUGGAUCCUUAAAGGAAAAACGAUGGCUAGGAGCACUGUAAGAGCCUGUGUCAAGUGCACUAAAGCUAAACCAAAAUUAAUGGAGCAGAUCAUGGGAAAUCUGCCACCACUGAGGGUAACGCAAGCUCGACCAUUUUUCAACUCUGGCGUCGAUUAUUGUGGACCAUUUAAAAUUCACGACAAAGUGAGAGGAAAGAAGCCUAGCACAGCUUACAUUGCUAUAUUCUGCUGUUUUACGACUAAAGCUGUACAUCUGGAGCUGGUUAGCGAUCUCACAACAGAGGCAUUCUUGGCAGCACUUCGUCGUUUCAUUGCUCGGCGAGGGAAAUGCCAAACUCUUCACUGCGACAAUGCAACAAAUUUUGUGGGAGCCAAAAACAAGUUGCAAGAGCUACAGGAGGCUAUAUUCUCCGAUAAUGCGAAAACACAAAUUCUCCAGGAGUGUAACAACAAGGGAGUUCAGUUUAAAUUCAUCCCACCUCGUGCACCACACUUCGGAGGAUUAUGGGAAGCUGCAGUAAAGUCGGCAAAACAUUUAUUACUAAAAAAUGUUACGACAGCCGAUCUUACUUAUGAAGAACUUGAAACAGUUAUAAUCGAAAUAGAGGCCAUAUUGAACUCUCGACCAUUAACACCACUGUCCGAUGACCCAAAUGACGUCACAGCAUUAACGCCUGGACACUUCCUAAUUGGAGAGCCGCUAACUGCACAAGCUGAUUGUGAACCAUCGCAGCAACCAAAAACGUUAGAUAUCUGGUUACGCAACACGGGACUACUGACAGCAAGAGCAGGAUGCACCAUACGCAACUCUCUAAUAACAGUAAUCAGUCAAACUGGUAUAGAAACAUCGACGCUCAUCUCAUACGCCCGUUUUGGAGAAAUCGAUGGUAACAAUACAACGAUUAAAAGACAGAACACCACAUCCAGCAAAACAAAUAAAUUUGGUUAUACCAAACUACUGGAUCUUCAACGGGAUCUUGUACCAAACCGAAGACUGAGACUACCACAUAGACUUGAGACGAUCAAGCAUCACCACAUCGCAAUGUACAUUGGCUUAACAUUCAUCAUAAUAAUAUUGACCAUUCACUGGGUAAGAAAAUGGUACAAAGGAGACAAGAGACCUCAGCAAGUCCAGGUACCAGCGGUGGCAAUGAGGAAACCGAUACGACUUCGAGUCCGCCGUUCACCAUUAACAUCGAUGAUUGUUGAAACUACGUUCAACGGCCGGGAGGAUGUACGAGUUCAAGACAUGCAGAAAAAUCGUGCAUUGCAGAUAGGCAACAGAUGA